AUGGAAGAAGACCCUCUCAAAGAUCUACUUCGUGCCUAUUCAGGUGUCGAAGCCAUAAAUGCUCCAGAUCAAAGUAUCGAAGAUAUUUUGCAAUUUCGAAAAUGUUAUAAGAAUCCACAAGUGGAAGUGAGAACAAGAGAUCCGAUUAUAAGAUUUGAUGUGAAUCCCAUUAUGAAAUGUACAAAUGAAGAUUUUGAGAAGUUCAGAAAUCCAUAUGCGUUCUAUAGAAUUGAUAAAAUAAGGUACAUAAUUCUGAUUCUGAAUUAUUUUUCCAGAUGAAUAAUUUUUUUGAUUUUCAGGAACUCAAAUGUACUUUGUUAUCCUUUUUACUUCGAAACUGCUUUCGAAGAAAACUAUAAACAUUUGCUCGAAAUUCACCUGAAUUUAUCAUCAAAGGAUCUUUUAGUUGAUGAAUUCAGCACAAUUCAUAAAUUACUUGUUGGCGAUAUCGUGGCAAUUUCAGAUAUUUAUUCAUUUUCAAAUCAAUAUUAUGCAGGAGAAUAUAUUGUUUUUGAAAGAAGAAUCGAAACUUCCGAUGCUUUGAUAUAUUUGUGGAAUUAUAGAAGAAAGCAACAAGAGUAUGAACAAUUCGUGGCAUCAAGUUUGAAUAUUCCGAUGAAUCGAGGUUCUGCACACUUUGUGGAAAAACCUAUAAUUGAAGAAUUAAAAAAUAUGCAACAGAGUUUUAUUGGGCGAUGCAAUAUUUUUAUUCCUGUUGAAGGAACUCAAAAAUUUGCUGCUAAUCUUGAAGACGAUAUUUUUCAUCCUGACGAGAGGAAAAAAAUAGCCUGUCAAAAACUGCACAAAUAUUCACAUAAAUAUCUCUAUGAGUUUGCAAUCAAUCAUUAUCCACCAUUAGUUAUACAUUGGCAGCCUACAAGCUCAUUCAACAAUGAACGUUUCACAUCAAUCGAUUCAAUUUUGCAAGCUAAAAAUCAGAAAAAUGUUCUAAAAGUGAGUAGUAUUAUUGAAGCAUCGUUGACACAUUUUGAGAAUAUGAAAAAUUGGUUGGAUAUUCGAAAUCAUCCAUUGAAAAUUUGCUCAUGGAAAAUUAUUGAUCCAGAAGAUUAUCUUAUUGAAAUCAAAUUCAAAGUUGGAGAUAGCGCUUGGGAGAGAUAUUUUCCAAAAAGUGAGUUGACAAAGUAGUGAAGGUUAGAAAGAUAUUGCAAUCGGGAAGCUCAAGAAAAAUUCCAAAAUUUUGAACCACAUAUCGGGCUUGGAAAAGAUUCAAAUUUGGACCCAACCCAAUUUGAGCUUUUUGGAAACUUACCACGUGGUCCAAAAUAUUAGAACUUUUUUCUGGAAUUUUAGACACUGUUGUGAAAUUUUUCCUCGCAGUUAUAGUUAUACUAUCUCGAAUGAUAUCUUCCAAUUAAUUCUAAGACCAAUUGGAGCAUUUUUAGAUUAUAAAAAUAGGAAACUUUUAUGAAGGUCUAAAUGUGUCCAAACAAUUGAAUGAAAGAAUCAAAUAUUGAAAGUUCUCUUCAAAAAUCAGGGAAAAUGAACUCCCCUCAAUUUUGGUAAGCCAGAUCAUUUAUACCCAUGUCUUUCAAUCUGAAAACUCCUAAAUUUCAGAAGCAAUGCUCCGAGUCUACGGAAUAACUAAACCAUGGCUCGAUAUGUAUGUAGUUGGUCAUUUGAAAAAAAUUUCUUCCGAUAGAGUUGGGUUGACAUGUCAUCUUCGAAUAAUUGAUAAUAUUGACGAAUCGAAAGAAAUCAAUGUGGAAUCAAUUGGAAGAAAAUUGUAUGAUGAAGUUUGCAAGGCAUUGAAUGAUGAACCUCAAUUGAUCUAUACUCAUUUGAUCCCAGGAGAUACAAGAAACUUCAUUUCUUGCCGACCUAGCAAAAAACAAAUGGUGAGUGAGGAAAAAGGGUUUUUGGAUAUGAUUUUCCGAUAUAUUUUUUUGAAUUUCAGCCAAAAGAUAUAUUCGAGGAAAUAAUGCAUUAUUCAAGAAACGAUCCACCAGUAAAAUUCGAAUAUGAAAUUUGUAAGGAAGAAAAAAUAUUCAUCAAAAAUGAACUUCGAAAACUGAUAAAUAACGAACCAACAAAAGAACAAACACAAUCGGUUUAUUUUUCGAUUCAUUCAAGAAAUCCAAUAAUGUCAAUUGAAGCACCAGUUGGAGGUGGAAAAACAACACUUUUAUCAUCAAUUUGUUGUAUUUCAUCAAUAUUUUAUGAUAAAUGUCAAUUAAUUGUUAGUGAAUCAAAUGGAGCAAUUGUAUCAGUUUGUAGAAAACUAAAAGAAUUUGGAGCACAAAAUGUGAUUCGAAUUACAAGUUCUGUGGCACAAAAAAGGAAUGGCAAUUCUUAUUUGACGGAUUUUGAUUUGCCCACAGUAGCUGAACGAGUGUUUGCGAAUUACUUGAUGGACUAUGAUCAAGAUCCAGAUAAAACCAGAAGGUGAGUGUAUAUAUGUUUCUCAUAUAUCUAUGAAGCUUUAAUUUUCAGCAAAAAUGAAUUUGAACUGCUUGCUCGAACUUAUCGAAUGUUGAACUAUAUGCAUCAAACUGUAACUCAAACAAACUUCAAUUUCAAAAAUUUCGAGAAACUUCGAGAACAGAUCGGAUAUUCGAUUGAUUCGGCACCAGAAGAUCCAUCGAAUGAGCAAAUCAGACUUGUUUUCAAGUUAUGGAAACCAAAGAUAAUUUUGGGAACAAUAACUCAAAUUGGACAACUAAUCGAAAAUGAAAAAAUUAAGCUGAAACUAGAAAUCGAUCGAUUAUACAUCGAUAAAUGCUCGGUGGAAUCGUUGUUUUCGGUUUGUUCGAUAGUUUCAACAGUUUGUGCUGGAUGUUCAGAAAAGAACAAUUACCCAAAAAUCAUAAUGAUUGGAGAUUCAGAACAAUUCAAGCCAUUUUGUGAUAAUCCAGCAAUCAGUUCUUAUUUCCAAACAUCUAUGACUAUAAUUGGAAAAGGAAUUGCUCAGGUUAAGCACGACCAAAUGUUCAGAUGUCAGCCGGACACUUCAAAUCUUCUCAAGAAAAUAUUUUAUUUGAAAGAGCCAUCUACAAAUUCCAGAGAUUUGUGCAAAUCGAUUGUUUUCAAUUUGGUUGCACCAGAUGAGACAAAUCAAAUCUAUGAAGAAAGAUUCAUGAAAAAUUGGUAUGAAGUGAAAGAAAUCAUGAAAAAAUGUAAAGAAUUGGAGGAAAAUGGAAUGAAGAAAGAGGACAUUAUGAUAUUGGCAUUUUAUAAUGGACAAGUUAAUUUAUUGAAGAAACAUUUGCCUGGAUAUACGGUCUUGACUGUUAGAAGUUGUCAAGGAUUAGAGGCUAAGGUUGGUUAUUGAAGGUGGGGUCUGAGCAAAAAAACGUCUUGCUCAUUUGAAAGAGCAUGACGGAUUUUUUUCUGGAAUCUUCUCAGAUCAGUUAAAAAAUUUCAAAAUUUCAAAAAAACAGUGAUACACCGUGUAAAAUUUUUGUCUGUCAAUUCCGAUUUUUUAAAUCUUGAUCUUUUUUUGAAAUAAUCUUUAAAGAUUUUAAAAAUCAGAAAAUGUGUAUGUUGUUUUCAGGUUGUUCUCGUAACCGUCGCUCGUACAAAAUAUUGGGAAUUAGUUUUCUUUGAUCCCGAACAGCCUAUGAAAACCAAACUCAAAAAUCGUAGAAUGUCAUCUGAACAUUUGCCAAUAACUGCACAACGUGAACAGAUUUUGGUUGCAUUAUCGAGAGCCAAAGAGAAGUGUUUUGUUUUUAUUGAUCCCGAAUAUUUGGAAAUGGUUCAACUUUGGAGAAACAUUCACAGUCUAUGUGAAUAG